AGGACACACGGAAUAAACCACGAGAUUUUAACUUAAUUUAUUGUUAAACUCGAGAUUCUGUCCACCUGUGGCCACAGCUCAGCCAUACUUAAUGGGUACACAGAGCUCCAAAGAAGCUGAAGCUCGAAUUCUGAUGCUCGGCCUCGACGCAGCGGGGAAAUCUACAUUGCUUUACAAAUUAAAAUAUAACGAAUCCGUUAUCACAGUUCCCACCAUAGGAUUUAACGUUGAGAUGAUCGAAUCGAAGAAGAAGACCACCGCACUAACAGUAUGGGAUAUCGGAGGGCAAGACAAAAUGAGGCCCCACUGGAAGGAUUUCUACCAAGACACCUCAGGACUGGUGUUCGUAUUGGACAGCUCCGAUAGGCGGCGACUAGAUGAAGCCAAGAGAGAAUUCACCAAAAUCCUGAGAAACGAAGCGCUAAAAGGGCUUCCGGUGGUGAUUUUCGCCAAUAAGCAAGAUGUCGCCGGGGCAAUGUCCGUUGCUGACAUCACGGAGAAGUUCAACUUCAGAAAGACGUGCAGCGACAGGGACUGGUUUGUGCAGCCAUGUUCGGCCAUAGCCGGCUCGGGACUAGAAGACGGUUUCAGAAAGGUGCUUCAUCUAGUCAAGACUUCAUCGGAUGACAAGCUUAAAGACACUGUGCAGUAUUUGAGAUCUAAAUCCAUUAAAUCUAUGAAAAGAUGAUUUCGGACUAUAUAUUAGGCUAUUGUUUGAGAUGUCAAGGAAGAUUUGUUAUUUGUUCGGUUGGGACAUUCAUAGAGGUU